UUCACUAUAGAUACGCCUGCGUAAAUUCCCAACGAGCUGUCCCUUGACACAUAGGAAACGGUGCACGUUAGCAAAUGGCGCGCACAUUAGAAAGAAAAGAAAUAAGGAAAAAUAAGAAGAUUUCCGUUCGUUGUCAGAAUCGGAACCGUCUCUUUCCAUCUCCGAUCGAUCACUCCCCUUAACAAGGGCAUAUUUCGAGGAAGAGAGGUCAAGUAAUAUGCCUGAAAGAAAGAGGAAGGCUCCUACAUUGGUUGAUCUUUGUGUUAAUGUGGCAAUAAGUCAUGUGAGGUACUUAGGAGACGUUGGGGAAACAGAUUUACUUAUCCUUGAUCGCAUUUUACCACAUUGUUCAUUGGACCAGUUGAUGCAUGUAGAGAAAAGCACAGUAGGGCGAGAUCUUAGCCCAGUAACUGAUAAGCUAUGGAAGAGAUUCUAUGAGCUGCAGUUUGGCGAGGCAAAUGCUAAUCUUGCAAUAGAGAGGAUGAGCAGGUGCAAAGCUUCCUUUCGCUGGAGAGACCUAUAUGAGGCAAAACUGAAGGUUAUUGCUAAGCAGGAGGAUGAAGCAGUUGCUCGACUUCGGCAAUCAUACAAAAAGGAAGAUACUAAAAAACAAAGUAAGCAAAUUCGUCUUUGCACAAAGGUUCCACCUUCAGGCAGUAAAAGAAACUUUUAUGGAGGAAGUGGACCUGGAUACAAUCUUUCCAAUGUGAAGAGCAACUUGAUGAAGAAAUCAAAAAUAGAAUUUCUUAAGAGCCGAGAAGUGAAAAAUAUUGCAGCCAUGAAGAAAAUUUCGGUGCCAAGAAAUAAUAGUGCCUCCACUGUGACAAAGACUGGGGGCUUUCCUGGAAAUAAUUCCGCAUCAUCUUCUAGACAUACAAAGUCAUUCGACAGGAGAUUCUAGAAGCAUGUGAUCUGAGGCUUUGCAUUGUCAACAAUGGGAGCAAAACAAAAUGAUUUAUUUACCUGAACUUUGAAACAUUUAAAUUUUCAAUUUGAAUACGUAAAUGCACAAGCUGAUUCCCUCUGCGUCUGCAUCCACAUUACAACCUUCCAUUUUGAGAGAGCAAUAUGUCAGACUUGUAAUAUAUUCUUUUUACUCGAGUAUUUGUCACAGUAAUGACACAUUCAUAUGAAUGGUUAUAAUUGUUGUAUUUUGAUGCUCUCUUUUAAGGUACAAUUUGAACUCCCGCAUUAUCAUGCUUUGUAAUCUUCAACUAAGGUUCUAAUGACUUACAAGGGAGAGUACACCCUUGGCCUCAUUUCCAA